UUAUCGUAUAGUUGAUGGUGUACGAACGAUCGUCGGCCCACUAAACGAGCCGACAUUAUCGUCCCCAAAAUUCGAUCGGGCAGGAUUAAAAAUUUUGGUCAUUUAACGAUAAAAUCUGCCAGUUGUGAGUGUCAGACAAUUGUCUUUCAACGAUUGUUCUCUGCGCAUGUCACGAUUGCCAGCAGCGGAAGUCAACGAAACGAAGAUAAACGGAACAACACGAACGUGCAAGAACGUUCGUUCUUUGCAGAACCUAAUCGCUUUUAUACGAAAACUUCAUGAUUUUUUUUAUAUUAAAAUAAAACAUAAAUAAAAAUAAAACAGCAUUGUAUUCCAAAAAAUGCUGGCAACACUGGUAGAGUAUGGUGUGACACACAUAGAGCCUACAGCAGACAAUGGUGUGGCUACAGGCUGCUUUAUGUGGAUGCUGCAUACUAAUGUAGGGGGAUCACAGGGACUUCAGGUGUGAAUAUUGCAGGGGCUCCAGCCAAAACCUGUUGUGUGGACAAUACAGGCACCAUUAAUCUCAUAAUCUCUUCACUGAAACUGAAUAUAAUAGUGAAUUAUAAUGUCUUUAUUACAAUACUUUACUGAUGGUAUUUGUAAUAUGGUAAUUAAAGUAGACAGGCUGUAUAGACAAUACAGGUGAGGGGUAAAACACCUGUGAGGGCCGCCAGUUGUGGAGCAGUGUAGACAUGUAGACAUAUGUUCAUGAUGUUAUUAUGUGGUGAUUAGAAAUGAAAAUAAAUGACAAGAAGACCCAUUUGUUUUGAAAUAUAUAUAUUUCAAAUAUUUAUUUGAAAUAGUAUUGUAUUUAAGAAAAACAUAUAAAAUUGGAAGAGAACGCAAUUGCAUUUUGAAAACAUCUGAAAAUACUAGCAACACUUGUUUUUGAAGAAGAAGCACAAGAAGAACAAGACUAUUCACCAGUAUUGCAAACCUUUUGGCAUAUCAGAUAGUAACUGCAAUUUGAGUUUUGUAUUUAACAAAAACAUAUAAAAUUGGAAGAGAACACAAUCGCAUUUUGAAAACAUCUGAAAAUACUAGCAACACUUGUUUUUGAAGAAGAAGCACAAGAAGAACAAGACUAUUCACCAUUAUUGCAAACCUUUUGGCAUAUGCUUUCAAGUGUUGUUUCUAUUACUUUGACAGAUUGUUUUAUGGUUGCCAACAGCAUUUUGCAUUUUUUUUUUAUAUCUUCCACAACAUUGGGAUUGUUAGGAUCUGGCCCUUGGUUGGUUUCUGUAUUGGAAAUCUCCGUUGAAGUCUCAAGGUCUGGCUGUUCCGCAAUACAAAAAGGUACAACACAUUUUGCGCUGUCAUACUUUCUUCUGUGAAAUAAUGUGAAAAAUAGUAUUAUAAUGUAAAAAAUAGUAUUGGUGAUUUUUGGCUAGCCUGCUUGGUAGUAAUCAAAUGCAAAGUAAUGUAAACCUACCUGUACUGCUAACUAGGAUGCACGGGCUGCUAGGUGCAGUGUCACAGAAUGUUUCCUCAUGGAUUUCUUUAACGUCUGAGGUACAGCUGGAUUGUGACUCGAUGUCUGGCUCAUUUCUUUCUAUUUCCUGCCUUUCUAUUCCCUUGUAUUCUAUUUCCUGGCUCUUACGACCAUGCUCAUCAGACUCAUUAUGGUCCGUCUCUACAUCAUCAUCCUUCUCACUGGCACCAGGCUCCGGAAUCUGAGGCUUCCGAACAGAAGAAGAGGCACACCGUCUAUGAUUGCGAUGGGUUUGCAGCAAUUUUUUACGCUUGUCUUCUGCAAAAACAAAUUGAUUUGAACAUCACCAUAAUUCAACAUACUGUUGGGGUACAUGUUGCAGAGAAAAUAAUAAUGUAUAAUACUAAAGCCUAAUGCUUUCCAGUUGGUCUCUUUCUCUCAGUUUUAAAUCUGACCACCUUUUGCGGAGCUGAUCUUUCGAUCUGCUAACGCCAAACUUCCUCUCAAGCCCGUGGAUUACUAUAUCCAGGAUAUGAUUUUUCCUUGUAUUGGGUCUGGAAUACUCUCCACUUUUACAAUCGUAAUCAUUUUUUUCCAUAAUGGAUACCAUAUGCACCAUCUCCUGUUUGGACAUAGCUGUAGCCUUUCUCCUGCCACCGUCAUCCUCAGCAGUAGGCCUUCUGUUCCCCCCAUCUUUCACACCUGCAUCUCUCCUUUCAUCAGUAUUUUCCAUUCUCUUAGCUUUUGACUUGCUUUUCUCACCUCGCACCUUCAUGUCUCCACAAUACUGCGCCCGUCUGUCUGACGUCGCAAACGGAAGUAGGCGGAGCCUGUUAAAAAAAAAACUACGAUAAAUACGAUCGUUCGUUCCAGUGUUGCCUAGCAACGAACAGACGGGUAACAGUCGUGGAAACCUGGAAGAAUCUAUUCGUUUCAUCACAAAUUUUUGGCCACAAGCUACUCAUCAGUUGGUAAGCAGUACUACUUUACUACAACCAAAUGCAAUAUUUAUGUUGGUAUUUAUUGCUUAUUUGUUUUUUGACUCAUGCUCCCCCUGUUUCCCACAGGUAACUAUGGAAAAAUUUUCAAACCCCGAGUUCCUGAGAAAAUUUAUUGAGAUGUACCAGUCUUUUCCAUGUUUGUGGAAAGUUAAAUCGGGGGACUACAUGAACAGGAUCAAGCGUGACAAGGCAUAUGCAGAAUUGAUAAGCCUCUGCAAAUCUGUUUGCUCGUCAGCUGAUGUUCAGUUUGUAAAGACGAAGAUAGCAAAUUUAAGGACUGUUUUUAAAAAAGAACUAAACAAAGUACAGGCCUCAAAAAAAUCAGGUGCCUCUGCGGAUGACAUCUAUUUGCCAAAAUUGUGGUACUAUGAUCUGCUAGUGUUCACAGUGGAUCAAGAGGUGGCAAGGGACUCCAGGUCCAACUUUUCAAGUCAGGGCGUGGAAAAACAACAAUCAACUGAGGCUAGCCCAGCAGAGGAUGUGACAGAUGUGGAAGCACAGAGUAGCAGAGCUGCAGAUAUAGAAGUAGAGGACCAAACAGAACAUCUGGCCCAGAUUCCACAGAGCAGUACUUUGAUAGAAGAAGGUAGUCAACAUGAAAUGGCAGGUGCAAAGGGUACACAGGGUAGAAACAGAAAAAGAAAACACAAUCCCUCCACACAACAGCUGUUACAUGAUGCAGAAGCCUUACUUAACAGAAAGUCUGAUGAGUUUGACGCCAUCGGGUUUACAGUUGCGUCCAAACUCAGGAGGAUGGACGAAGAGCAGCGGCAAUUUGCCGAAUAUAUCAUUAAUGAAGCACUGCAUAGAGGGUUUAGGAAAACACUUUGUGAAAGCACAAGACUCACAGACUACACCACUACUGAUUACAGGAAUUACAACAGUUUUCCGCAAGCACCAUUAUAACAAUAUCCCCCAAAUGCAAACAUGCACCAGAUAUGUACACCGCCUUCCGCUACUCCAUACAAGCAGCAAACUACAUGGACAUCCAUGCUGUCACCUAUACCCCAAAACAAUGGACACAACAACAUGUCUAGCUGCGAUACGAUAAUGAUAAUACGAUAAUACGAUAAUGAAGCGAUGAAACCUUUCCCGAAUUAUCGUUGCCCUUGGAUGGCAUAUCGUAUGGGAACUCGAUCGCCAUACGAUCGUUUGUCGAUAUAAUCGUUCAUCGCACAACAAGCGAAAUCGCCUCGUGUAUGGCCACCUUUAGUCUGUACCAGACAAUCAGUCAUUAAGUGUCAGUCAAUUACCAGACUAUCAGAACUAAAGUCACGUGAAUGUAAAGACCAGACAAAAUACAAAUAUAGGCCCAUAGAUUAGUUUUUAAAAUCCUCUGGUUGAUAUAUUUUUGAAUCAUCAAGGUUAAAAUUUCUAAAAAACAGUGUAUAAUCAGAAGAGGCUUUUCAACUCUGUGCCUUAACGUCUAUGUAGCGGGCUCGGCUGAUAGAGGGACAGGUGACCAUUAUUUCUAAGUCUUCUGCUCUCUAGAUAUUUUCCUGCUCUCUGUCUAGGCUAUAAUUUAGUGGGCCAGCCUGACUUUCUCACAGUACUUUUAUUUUUGAUAGGUUUGUUGGUUCCUCUGUUAUCUUCAAGGAAACACAUGUCAUAUUUAUCAGUGUAUUUUUCUUGAAAGUGAUGAAGGUGCAACUUCAGAUUGGCUGUGGAGAAGCUUAGCAAUAUUGCAAUUGCUACACCCGCUAUAUAUAUAUACAGGUAUAGGACCCGUUAUCCAGAAUGCUCGGGACCAAGGGUAUUCCGGAUAA